GGAGCGUAAUAUGGGCGACAUUCAGCACGUUCCAACCGCGUAGAUGAACGUUUUAGAUUAGAGGUAGGUUGUCGUUCAGUUUAUAGACAUCAUAAACUUAUUCAAGCUAUUGUAUCGUAAUCCGCUUCCGCAUAGUUGCCCCUUUAUCGAAAAGCAAUUGCGAUGGCAGAUACUCGAAGUACCGACAACGGGCUGAAUACCCGAGCCAUAGCCUUAAUUCAACGAGCUAUACGUGGAUAUGACGAGGUAUAUGGGUCUGGUACCAUGAGCUGUGCUCCUUACGACACCGCCUGGGUAUCAAUGAUCACGAAACAGAUCGAUGGGAAGAAGCAAUGGCUUUUCCCAGAAUGUUUUCAGUACCUGCUACAAACACAGAAUACUGAUGGCAGCUGGAAUAUAGAAAGUAAUUCUCAGAUUGAUGGUAUCCUGAACACUGCCGCCUCGCUGCUGUCGCUACAGCGCCACCUAAACGAACCCCUUCAAAUUAUCGAAGACUCAUUAGAAGAGCGUAUCGAGAAGGCAACGACGUCCUUGUGCUCCCAGUUGUCUACCUGGAGUGUCCUCACAACUGAUCAUGUCGGCUUCGAGAUCAUCGUCCCUGCCAUGCUUAACUUCCUCGAGAGGGAGAAUCCAUUGUUGGAUUUUGAGUUUGAAGGGAAGCGUGCGCUAGCAAAUCUAACCGCUGCAAAAAUGUCGCGGUUCAAACCGGAGUAUCUAUACGGCAAGAUUCGGAUGACAGCAAUUCACUCUCUCGAAGCCUUCAUAGGGAUGAUCGACUUCGAGAAGGUGGCACACCACAAGAUACAAGGCUCAAUGAUGGGGUCUCCAUCUGCCACAGCUGCCUACUUGAUGAAUAUCAGUAGCUGGGACGGUGAAGCCGAAGCAUACCUUAGACAGGUCAUCAAGUCAGCAGCUGGCCAGGGUUCAGGUGGUGUACCAAGCGCCUAUCCAUCCACCUACUUUGAGUACACUUGGAUCCUCUCCACACUACUUCAGGGUGGUUUCACGGCUUCGGACUUAGAAUGCCUCGAGCUAGCCAAGAUGACUCAGAUACUGGCCAGAGCAUUCCAAAUUGAAAAGGGGGUGAUCGGAUUUGCACCGCACGUUGGUGCAGACGUGGAUGACACCGCGAAAGGCAUCCUUUGCCUCGGGAUGCUCGGGAACGUCGUUGCUCCUGACCAAAUGAUCGUAGCCUUCGAGGCUGAGAACCAUUUCCGAACCUACCCCUCAGAAAGAGACCCCAGCUUCAGCGCCAAUUGUAAUGCUUUGAUGGCGCUUAUUCACCAACCAGACGCUAGGCCUUUCGCCGGCCAGAUUUUAAAGAUUGUAAGAUUUUUAUGUGAUACUUGGUGGAAUACGGACGGUCGGAUCAAAGACAAGUGGAAUACAAACCAUCUGUAUCCAUCCGUACUUGUGGUUGAGGCAUUCGCGGGCUUGUUGGCGCUAAUAGACAGUGGUGCUUUGGCAGACCUCAUUGAUGAGGAGCUCCUUUCAAGAAUUUCUAUCGUCUUUGUCCAAGCUUGCCUGCGUACUAUACUUGGACAGUCAGAGGACGGGUCGUGGGAUAACACCGCUGAACAGACAGCUCACGGGGUUCUCAUACUUUGCGAGGCCCGAAAAUCAGGGUUCUUUGACUCCAUUCGGGAACAUUUGGAUUCUGCAAUCAACCAUGGUGUCAACUUUCUUCUCUCCUCAAGAGGGCACGUUGUCGAUUACUGCUGGAUAGAGAAGGUAUCGUAUGCUUCUCCCCUCCUAACGGAAGCGUAUGUUCUCUCAGCUCUGAAGGCAUCUACAGCGCCUUUUACCCCAAGGUUAUCGAUUGGAUCGAAGAUGGUACCUAAAAUAUCACAAAAGCAUGUUCAGCUAUUUCGACAAACACCCCUUUUCUCAUCUCUCCCGGAGUUCGAGGUCAAAGCUUCGCUUAUUGAGGCAGCACUCUUUCAGCCGUUAUUAAGACCUCGAAGGCUCCUUGUAUUUCCAAGAAAGGAUAUGGAGGAAGAUAAAUAUUUUGAUAUCAUCCCAUUUACGUGGACUGCAUGCAAUAAUCGAUCUCGCACAUUUGCGCCCACCACGUUUCUGUACGAAAUGAUGAUCAUUUCGUUCUUGAAUUACCAAGCUGACGAGUUCAUGGAAGCCGUAGCGGGGCCUAGCUACACGGGAAAUUUGGACGGGCUUCGCAAGUUAAUUGACGACACUAUCAAUGGCAUACAAGUUCCGAAGAUUACGACUAAUGGUGUCGACCCACCGUCUAACUCUAACGGAAAGACUACCUCAAAUGGUUCAACGAACCACGAUGAUGUCUCAUCCGGCUUGACACGAUUCAUUGAAUAUGUCCUAAAUCAUCCAUCGGUUACCUCUGCUAGUCCUUGGAGUCGCAAGUCACUUAAGUGGGAGUUGAGAACUUUCCUACGGGCUCACGUUUCUCAAACUGAAGACAACUUGCGCUUCAGCAGCGAUAUUCAACAGUCUGGAGAUGUCUAUUCAUCGGCAAAUGAAACAUUUUUCCAAUGGGUGCGCUCAACAUCUGCGGAUCAUACUUCAUGCCCGUAUGCCUUCUCAUUCGUAAGCUGCCUGCUCAGCUCCUCUCUAGCAAAUGGCGAAGACUGCUUCGCCACAGCUGGCGAGAAGUACCUCGCUGCAGAUGUGUGCCGGCAUUUGGCAACCAUGUGCCGCAUGUACAAUGAUUACGGCUCUGUGCUACGUGAUGAGGCCGAGGGUAAUCUAAACUCGGUGAACUUUCCUGAUUUCGAGGCGAAGAACAUUCGCCCAGAGCAGAAGAUUCAACAGAAAAAAGAUGCGCUUUUCAAGAUCGCGGAAUAUGAGCGCAGCUGUCUAGAAACUGCUUUCAAACGGCUUCAAGAAGAGAACAAAAACGCAACUGACGGUCGCGGUCCUGAUGCCCAACUAUAUUAUAACCGCCGGAUGGUCAUCUGGGGUAUGUUCUGCGACGUAACUGAUUUGUACGGCCAACUCUACGUAGUUCGCGACCUAGCAAGCCGCAUGGUAAAAUCAGGAACAAAUGGUGCGUGAGGAUAGACAGGGUUACUACUUCUCAUAGAUAGGACUACGAAGUCUACCAUACUUGUAGAUAAUCACUAGGUAUAGACAACUUUUCUCGGGAACGAUUGGUUGGGGUAAUAUUUCAAUACAAUAGUAACUCUCUGUAUAGAGUGAGCAGUAGAGUGUAUCCUACAUGCACGCCACAACACUGCGACCAUGUGAAAGUCUAACAACUUCGAUUAUGUGUCUACCUAGA